AUGCGCUCUUCCUUUCUACUAUUGUCGGCGGCAGUGCUAGCGACAUCAUCUGUUUACUGUUCGCCUAUCGAUUCUACCAACCACCAUGAACAAGCUGAACCAAAACUUGUACGACUUCCAAUUAAACGUCGACCACGCUCAGGCAACGUUGACCCUGCAUCAUUGAGGAAGAGAGAUCCAUUUUCAGGACCCCUUUACAACGAUCAGGGAUCUCAAUAUCUUGUGGAGGUGGGUGUUGGUACCCCUGCACAAAACUUUACUGUUACAUUUGAUACUGGCAGUGCCGAUUUAUGGGUUCCUUCGACCAGCUGUUCAACUACAGAAUGCCCGUACGCACGAUUCGACUCCUCAGCAUCGUCAACAUUCAAGGACAUGAGCUCCAAUUUCAGCAUCGAGUAUGGCAUUGGCAGUGUCAAGGGCGUCUAUGCUACCGAUACCGUCACUGUGGCAGGCGUGAGCGUGGAGAAUCAGCAGUUUGGUCUUGCAUCAACUACAGCCGAUAUUUUAACAACCACCUCUGUGGGUGGUAGUGGAACCGAUACACCUUCAGCCAACUCAUCGUCGUCCGGGUCAUCCGAUGUUGUUGGUAAUGGUAUCCUUGGUCUUGGAUAUCCUCAAUUGACAUCCGCAGCCAGCAAGGGAGGCAAAGGCUACAAUCCAUUCGUAUUCAACCUUGUGGAACAAAACCUCAUCUCGCAGCACAUCUUUUCAGUGUACAUGAACAAUGCAAAUGAAGAUGGUUGGGCCGGCGAAGUCAUCUUUGGUGGUGUCGACGAUAGCAAGUUUAGUGGCAACAUCACGUAUCUCCCCGUUGCCAAGCUACAAACAUCUUCCAAUCCCCUGUCAUCCAUUGUCAGCUCAUCAUCCGCUUACUUUUAUUGGAUGACUUAUGGCCAAGGCAUUGCUGUUGAGAAUCCACAAUCCACACGCACCAGCAGCAACAUCUCAUUUGAUCAAGUCACCGCAUUUAUUAUUGACACUGGCACUACAUUGACCUAUUUACCCAAUGAUAUGGCUGUCUCUAUCGCUGAAUCCCUCGUGGGCGCAGGCAAUUACGCAUUGGAUACUCAAUCACAAGUCUUUAUUGCCGAUUGCAAAGCUGCAAAAUCAGAUGCCGCUUUGGUUUUAUCCAUGUCCCAAUCCAACAAGGUUUCCCCAGACCCUGUCACCAUCACUGUACCCGCUUCUCAACUCUUGAUUCCUCUUGAUGGCCCUACAACGGAUUCCGCUACUUAUUGUAUGCUUGGUGUCGCACCUAUUGGCAGUAACAACAAUAUGCUCCUCGUUGGUGACUCUGUGCUUCGUAGUACUUAUCUUGUGUUUGACAUUGAGCAUAAUCAAAUCGGUUUUGCAAGUGCUGCCAAUGUUGAAGGCAAGGUCAAUGGCGUCGGUGCUGAUAAUACUUCCUCCGCAUCAUCCAAUGUUGCAACGAUCUUCUUGCCCCUUGUGAUGGCAUUGGCUAUGAUGCUUCUUAGCGCAUAA